GUCUAUUUGGAAAAGCUGCCAAGGACCAAGGAGGGAGGAUACAACCACCCAGUUUAUCAAAAAAAUGUUGCGCUACACACCUAUGUUUAGAGCUGCCGCCAGGAAGAGCCAUGGGUCCCGCUACUGCUACUCGACUCUCGCCGAGUUGACUCGUAAUUUGAAAGAAAAUGACGUCAAUUCCUUCCGUGAGAACGUUGCCAGGGCAAUUCAAAACGUGGACUUAAGCAACUCCUCAGCCAUACACGAGCUUGUGGACUCUGUAAGAACCAACAACACGAUAGAUGAGACCACCAAGCACGACUUGACGAAUAGGAUUCUUGUCCAUGCCUUGGAGGGAGAUUACUCGUUGUACUUUACGGUGAAGAAGAAUUCCCAUAUUUGGAGUCCCGAGGCAUUACAGAAACUUAUCUUGGCCAAUCCAGGAAGAGUCGACCAGGCUUGGGAUUUGCUCGAAAGAUACGGAUCGCGAGAUGGCACCCCUCGUCCACUAGCCCUUGCAGUGGCAGAGAAGUUGUUGUUUGGAGAACGAGUCGAGAUCAGAGAUGAACUGGUCGACGAGGAAAUGAAUCUCGACAGAUUUGCUCGUGCCUUGUACAUGGUCAAGGAGGCUACAUCCGGGGGGAAUGGAGGAGAGGAUUUACCAGAAGGUCUCGUCAACCGAUUGGUUGAAGUUGCCGUUCAAUUGGAUGUCAUCCUGUCAUUGACAUUCGUUCCAGAGUUGAAGAACCAACAACUUUUGCCAGUAUUGACCACCUUGCAGAACGACCAGCAUUACUUCACUCUAUUCAGCAAGAUUUUCCAAGAAUCUCCUGAAAUAUUGAGCAAGGAAAGUCUCUGUAAGGCCCUUGGGGUCGGGCCCACGGUGGUGGAUGUGGUGGACCUGGAAACUCUGGCAAAGCAAUUGGAAAAGAUAGACCGUAUCAAGCAAGUAUUCAGGGAAUUGGCAGGAGAAGGAGCGACCGUGGAAACAAGCAGCACAGAGGAAAUACCCAAUCACAACACCACCACCACCACCACCGACAAAGUGUUGAAAUACAUCGAAAUCAACCACCUCGACUCAGACAAGUCUCCCGAGUCACUCUUGGUCCGUCUCAGACUUAUCAGCACCUAUGGGAUCGACCGUGACGACAUACAGACCGCCUUGGCAAAGUUCCACCAUUACCAAUCCCAUGAGAAGUUUGGAAUUGAUUUCGUCCAACAUCGUCUUGUUUCCGUUUUCUGCUACCAGGCCAUCAAAUCUCACAACGAUCAAUACUUGAAGAUUGCACAGACUCUAUUAACAUCAGAAAGUGUACCAGUUGAUCUUCUUGGGAACUUGAUCUUGGCCCGAGGUGAAUUCAGCAACGAUGCGGCCUUGGAGCUUUAUAAUGAGUAUAUCAACCAGGUACCACGCGUGCGUAACGAACACACUGGCCGUAGUGCUCUGGGUCGUUUGACCGAGUCGAUGAUCCUUGCUAGCUUGUACGGGAAUGACCGUGAGUUUGGGUUCCUUCUUUUCGACCGGGCUUCAGAAACAGGCAUCUUUGUGGAUGAACAUGAACGAGCCAUUGUUAAGAAGUUAUUCAAGGUGUACGGUGAUGCUUUUAUAGAAGACAAUUGGGAAUCUGCUAGAGAACACUUGAAACAUUUUGUGUUAAAGGAGAUCCGUAGCGGGACUAGACGUUAGGGAUUGGAAGACAGUAGACCCUACUCGGGGGAGCAACUUUCCUCGUAGAGGAACAAGGCCUCCACGUCUAGUGGCCCACGGAGUGCCAGCGGAGCGACUUGCAACCCACCUACUCAAUUCCCUACGGGGUGUAUAAGCCGCUCCGCUGGCCCCUGCUCGGGGGGAGCAACUGGCGUUGGGCCUAGUUCCUCUUCGAGGAAUGGAGGCAGUAUUUAUAUGAUUAGAGUACAGCAAAUAGAUUAUAGAUCAUGACAAUAGAUACGGAGGAAUAGAUGAGAC